GGAGGCAAUGGCUAUACGUACAGUUGGUGCCGAAAGUUUUGCAGUAUCUUGCGUGGCGACGACACUGGGUAUUGUUGUCACUGUGGCGUUUUUGACCUUCAAUGUUUUUCAUCGAAAUAAAAGGUUCAUCAAAAUGUCCAGUCCUCGACUAAAUGUUCUUAUAAGUGUGGGUGGGCUGUGUUUGAAUUUCGUGUGUCUGAUGUUUGGGAUGGAUUUCUUCUUGGCAGAGCGAUAUCCAGAGGCCACCGUUACCUGUCAGAUCAGACUCUGGUUGGUUACAAUUGGGGUUUCCUUGGUGUUCGGUCCAAUGUUUGCCAAGUCCUGGAGAGUUUUCCAGAUUUUUCGAAACGCUGGAGUCAAAAGGGUGGUGAUAAAGGACAGUCGUCUCUUUUUAAUGUCCUCCAUGUUUAUCGUCGUUGAUGUUGUUAUUUUAACAAUAUGGCAGAGCUUGGAUACCAUGACAUCAAGGAAAAUCAAAUACCUAAUGAUUACUAACAGUGAAAAUACACAUAAUGAGACACGAGGUUCGGAGUACGUUUUGAUUCAAGAAUGUUCAUCAAAUGGAACUUCUGGAUGGCUGGCUUUCCUCCUGCUAUGGAAGACAGCUUUGUUGGGAUACGGGUUAUUUUUGGCCUGGCAGACGAGAAAUGUGACGCUUCCAGCAAUGAGGGAUUCUCCCAGCAUUAUCAUCAGCAUUUUCUGUACACUUCUGUUGUCUGCUCCAACCUUCAUGCUGACGUCACUACUACGUCACAGUCCUGAUGGAAUUUACAUUACAGAAAUUCUCAUGAUAACUAUUUGCACAGUGGUGGUGCAAAUUACAGUCUUCCUUCCUAAGGUUCGAUACUGGUGGAAAUCCCCAAUAGAAAAACAGUCGAAGUUAUCUGUCACAAUGUAUGACUUCAAACAGAAAGCAUCAAUAUCUACAGACGACCUUGAUAUUUUUCAACUGCAGUCGGAGAAUGAUGUCUUAAAAGUUAACGUAAAAGAGAAAAUGGUGCAGAUUAGAGACCUUGAAAGAAGAGUCAGCCAUCUAACUGGGAGGAUUUCGGCCUUGAUGGAUGAGGACGAUCGCCGAGACAGCGGGCUGGAUGUCGACCUCGGUAUAUCAGAUGUCAAGGAGGAAACUGUUACCAUGGAUACUACUUUAGCAGAAAAUUCUAGGUCCAGGAAGUCUAUGGAGAAUUUGACUCCCAUAGACACUUCCGCGCCAAAUAAUACGAAGUCUCCGCACGACGAAUCGUUCGAUCGAACUCAGUCAGAUACUUCCGAUAUGAAAUCAUAUAAAGCCAAAAAAGAUAGAAGAAAGCGUCAACAGAUCCUGACAUCCACCCCGGAUAUAUAUAAACCAAGUGAAAAAAGUGACACCAAUGACACCAAAUGUCGAUCAGACGAUUUCUUCAAUAUGGAACAUUCGAACGCGCGCUUUAGGUCUAGGUGCUGGACAUUUUCGUCAAUGCGGUCACGACAGGACAUUGUGGGGUCAGUGACGAAGUGUUAUGAUUUGGAGGACAAUGACGACACGUUUUCAUACGUCAGUAAUUAUUUACCUCCCCCUCCCCCUUCUGAACAGAUCGAGUUUUCUCUACGAAACAAUUCUCUCUGUGCAGCUCCAGAUAACACCGUCCUUAGUAAUGACAUGCUUUACCCUGUAUCAAAUUCUGAUUCCCCCAACUCUAAAAAGGAAUCGGAGAUUAAUGGAAAUAGUAUAACACAUGUGAAUGGAAACUGUAUUACCCCCGGUAAAACUUGUUAUGUUUAG